GAAAGCGAAAUCGCCUCUUGCGUUCAUGUGCAACUCUAUUUUCUACACUGAUGUGUUUGUAUUUGAUCAUUUCAUCCUUCUCUAAUCUCUAUACAUGUGCAGGUGCUGUACCUACAAGCAUUUGUUCUGGUUAUACUCAUGGGGAAACUCUUCAAGAAGGUGUUCUUUGGCCAGCUCAGAGCUGCUGAGAUGGAGCAUCUAAUAGAAAGAUCAUGGUAUGCUGUGACAGAAACCUGCCUGGCAUUCACCGUGUUCAGGGAUGACUUCGGUCCUCGGUUCGUGGCCAUGUUCACACUGCUUCUCUUCAUCAAAUGUUUUCAUUGGCUGGCAGAGGAUAGAGUCGAUUAUAUGGAGAGGAGUCCAGUCAUCUCUUGGGUGUUUCAUAUGAGAGUUAUUACCCUUCUUGUGGUCCUUGGCUGCUUUGACUUGGUGUUUAUCAACUAUGCGUAUCAUAGUACUUUAACCAAGGGAGCUUCCGUUCAACUUGUCUUCGGGUUUGAGUAUGCGAUCUUAUUGACUGUGUUAAUCAAUGUGUUCUUCAAGUAUGUCUUGCACACCAUUGAUCUACAGAGUGAGAAUCCAUGGGAAAACAAAGCUGUGUACAUGCUUUACACUGACCUCAUUAUGGGUUUUAUCAAAGUGUUUCUUUACACAGCAUUUGUGGCCAUCAUGAUCAAGAUCCAUACAUUCCCUCUUUUUGCCACCAGGCCUAUGUACUUAGCCAUGAGGUCUUUCAAGAAAGCUGUACAUGAUGUCAUUAUGUCUAGAAGAGCCAUCCGUAAUAUGAACACACUGUACCCCGAUGCCACCGCCGAAGACCUUGCCAACACCGACAGCAUCUGCAUCAUCUGCCGAGAGGACAUGGUGGCAGCGGAGCCCGGUGCACCGGCAGGAGGCUCCGGAAGCUGCAAGAAGCUUCCUUGCAACCACAUCUUCCACAGCAGCUGCCUCCGCUCGUGGUUCCAACGUCAGCAGACCUGCCCCACCUGCAGAAUGGACGUUCUCAGGCUUUCCGUGGUGGCCGCGAGCCAGAGGCUCAGGCAGGGGCAGCAGCAGCAGCAGGGGGUGGGGCAGCAGGGACAGGCGGGGGUGGGUCUGGGACAACAAGGCAAUGGACAAGUGCCACCUGUACCAGGGCAAGGUAUGCCCCCUUUUCCACCAGGCUUCCAGUUUUGGCUUCCUCAAUAUCAGGGAGGAGUGCCCCCCUUUCCUCAGCCCCCUGUACCCCCUCAACCGUCAUCAUCCUCAACUACUCAACCAGGAACUUCAACAUCAACGCCAUCCACUACAGCUUCACAAGCCACAUCACCUGGAACACCAUCAUCAGCAGGUGCAAGUGCAGCCACGCCCACAUCCUUGGGUACAUCUCUACCAAACUUCCCUCCACCUCCAAGCAUGGGUGCUCCUGGUAUGGGUAUGUUCCCCCCGAUGAUGCCUCCAUUCAUGAUGCCAUUUGGCAUGUCACCUCCAAUGCCCCCACCUAACUUCAGCGGUCUGUCUGAUGAAGAGCUUCGGGCCAUGGAAGGCAUGGAGAGACAGCACGUCCAAGCCAGGAUUGAAUGCCUCCAGAACAUCCAGGCUCUCCUCGAUGCUGCAGUCAUUCAGAUGCAACAGUACAGUACCAUCGUCUCAGGAUUAGGUGUACCUACCGUUCCUGUCACACCAGCCUCCACCAACACUACAUCAGCCACCUCCACGGUCCCCACCCCUACAGUACAGACAGAGGCAUCAGCUGCCCCGCCCACCACACCCAGUGAACCAGAGACAUUAACAUCGACAGCUGAAGCCAACGCCAGCGAGUCAAGCAAUGAUUUAUCAGCCUUAGAGGGCGCCGUUGGCUUCACAUCGCCCGUCAAGGACAUCAAGGAUGAAGAAGUGGAACCGGUGCCAGAGAGUCCCGAGGAACAGGAACGCGACGAGGUCAGGAGGAGACGGUUACAGAGACUUAGUAGCAACACAUCAACUUCAUGAGAUUUCCUUGGGUUACAGAGGUUACAGAGACUCAGUAUUGAAACAUCAACUUCACACAAGAUUUCCUUGAUCAUCUUCUCAUUCCUCCCCUUACGAAGAUGAAUAUUACAUCGCCAUGGCAAUGCUGCAUGAAACUGUUGACAAGAACAGCUUUGGCGUGGUUGCUGAUCUGAUUUGUGAAGUUAUUCUGCUUUUAUUUUUUUUCUUCAGGUAAUCCUGCCUUAGUGAGCAGAGCAUGGAAGAUUUGUGAACAGUAUUUUGAAAUUUAUGUUUAUUUUAAUAAGGAUGGCAGCGUGCUUAUCAUUGCAUAUUGAGCUGAGAUUAUUGGGUAGUUUGUAUUUAUAUCAUUAAUUUUGAGAGUCCAACAUCACAAUAAUAUGACCAUUGUUUCAUUAUAUUUGCCCUAAAAAAAUCAUGAACAACUCUUUAAUGUAAUGAAUAACCAUUACAUUUGCAUUACAUUUUAGGCUUAUGCAGACCUGCCAACCAGUACGUUUUAGCCGUAUUUAGUACGUUUUUGCAACCAAAAUACGGCAGUACGUUUUUUCUUUGAAAAAUACUUUUUUUUUUUUUAAAACUAAAUUGUAAUUUAUUGAGAAAAAUAAUAUCUAUAUGUCUCUAUUUCAUAAAACGUGCACAAAUAUGGUUAUUAGAUCAAUGUAAUUUCAGGUAACUUGUUUUUUUUUUCAAUCAUUUUGUUCAAACCAGGGUGAAGAUAUACACAUGUUUUAAUGUUGUUUUUUCAUCUGCAAGAGCAGUGCGCAUUUUAGCUUGCAUGCAGCCUGAGCGCCGCGAUGAGCGAGUGCGCCAAGCAUUUUAUUAUGAAAUACACUUUUUGGGGGAAAAAUACAGUUUUUUUUAUCACAGAAUACAGUUUUUCAUUCCCAGAGGUUGGCAGGUCUGCUUAUGUAGCUUUUGGGCCCACUUAACUUAUAUGCUAGAUGGUGAUGUAGAGGUGUCAUGCUCAUAGAUUUAGAAAUAAGUUCUUGUUCUUUUUAGUUCUUGAAAUAUAGCGAUAUGACUUACAGUAUCUGAUUGGUUAUACAUAAUUUCAUACAUAGACUUAUUAUAAAGGAUGAUAGUUCAUGAAUAUAUUUCAUGGAUUAUAUACUGAAUGUUGUCAUUCAAGCUGAGGGCUAGUUAUUUUGAAUAAAAUUGGACAAUCUCUACCACAUGUACAAGCCAUUAUUUGAUGUUUUCUUCUUUUUCAUUGGUAAACAAUGUUUGAAUAAAUAUUUGAUGAUGAUGAAAUUACUUAUCUACUUAUAUUACUCCCACAUUGACCUCAUGAAGUUAUUAUUGUAAUCUGAAAAAAAAACACAAUGGAUUUUUUUAAAAACUAAUUAUUGCAAGGUAACAAUUUAUGUCACAAUCGCUUGUUAAGGGUUACUUUACUUUGAUAAGUUGUGAAUAACCUGAAAUCAGAAGUAGUGAUAAGCAAACAGGCAUAUAAAUUGUUCCAAAUAAUAGCUUGAAUUACACAUUGUACAGCCUCAGUAAUAAUAAUAAUAAUGACUGGCUCUACUUUCAAGAAACAUCAAAUAUGUUGCCCUUAAAAGAACCAUAUUGCCCUCGUCUAAAGACUCGGGCCAAUAUGAUUCUGUUGCGGGCCACAUAUUUGAUGUUCCCCUCAAGGCCAGUCAAUAUUAUAUAAAUAGUAUUGUUGCUGUUGCAUAGAACAAAUACUUCAGUAUGCUUGCCAAUCAAAUAAAAAGAACGCAUAGGCUUGCAAAGAGAUGACUUGGACUGACCUUUAAAGAUACUUUCUCCUCUAAAAUUCUAUGGCCGGUAUUCUGAUAUCCGGCUUAACUUAGGACAUGGUCUGACUCCGUGAUAACAUUAUGGGAAGCAAAAAAUUUGAAAUUGUAAAAUUUUUCAUGAUUUGAUGGUUAUUCAUGUAUUCCUUUAAAAAACAUUAAUUUCAUCACAUCCAGUGAAUACUAAUAAAAUGUUUAUAAUGGUUGGUUUUUAACAGUAGCUCAAAUAAUAGACAAAAUGCCAAAUGCCGAUAAUAAAACAAUUUCCUACUUAGAUCACUGACAUACUGCUCGGUGAAUAUGGUCUAUACCAUGUCUCUCUUUCCUAUGGGGUAUUGCAAGAAACUCGCAAUCAAUUGCAAGUCAAUUUUGGGUCAAAAAAUCAAUCACAAAUCUGGCAAAUAAUUGCAAAUUUGUACUUGAUUGCUGUUCUGCUUCUUUUAACAAGAAGUUAAAAUUAAUUUGCUCUAGUUACAAGUGAUAUAUCAAUUGCAAGUUUGCAUCAGAAAUUGGCAAUCGAUUGUAAAUGAUUUCUUGCAUUACGAUUGCUGGUCUGCUUCUUUUAACAAGAUGUUAAAAUUAAUUUGCUCUAGUUACAAGUAAUAUAUCAAUUGCAAGUUUGCAUCAGAAAUUGGCGAUCGAUUGUAAAUGAUUUCUUGCAUUACGAUUGCUGGUCUGCUUCUUUUAACAGAAGUUAAAAUUAAUUUGCUCUAGUUACAAGUGAUAUAUCAAUUGCAAGCUUGCAUCAGAAAUUGGCAAUCGAUUGUAAAUGAUUUCUUGCAUUGCGAUUGCUGGUCUGCUUCUUUUAACAAGAUGUUAAAAUUAAUUUGCUCUAGUUACAAGUGAUAUAUCAAUUGCAAGUUUGCAUCAGAAAUUGGCGAUCGAUUGUAAAUGAUUUCUUGCAUUAUGAUUGCUGGUCUGCUUCUUUUAACAAGAAGUUAAAAUCAAUUUGCUCUAGUUACAAGUGAUAUAUCAAUUGCAAGUUUGCAUCAGAAAUUGGCGAUCGAUUGUAAAUGAUUUCUUGCAUUACGAUUGCUGGUCUGCUUCUUUUAACAAGAAGUUAAAAUUAAUUUGCUCUAGUUACAAGUGAUAUCAAUUGCAAGUUUGCAUCAGAAAUUGGUGAUCAAUUGUAAAUGAUUUCUUGCGUUACGAUUGCUGGUCUGCUUCUUUUAACAAGAAGUUAAAAUUAAUUUGCUCUAGUUACAAGUGAUAUAUCAAUUGCAAGUUUGCAUCAGAAAUUGGCGAUCGAUUGUAAAUGAUUUCUUGCAUUACGAUUGCUGGUCUGCUUCUUUUAACAAGAAGUUAAAAUUAAUUUGCUCUAGUUACAAGUGACAUCAAUUGCAAGUUUGCAUCAGAAAUUGGCAAUCGAUUGUAAAUGAUUUCUUGCAUUACAAUUGCUGGUCUGCUACUUUUAACAAGAAUUUAAAAUUAGUUUGCUCUAGUUACAAGUGAUAUAUCAAUUGCAAGUUUGCAUCAGAAUUCGGCAAUCGAUCGAUUGUAAAUGAUUUCUUGCAUUACCCCCUUUUGAAUUAGCCUACCACAGAAUGCUGUUAUGAAAACUAAUGUAAAAUCUUCAAUUGAAAAGUGUUAGCGCUUGUCCUAGUGAUAAAUGGGAUAGGUCAUUUGAGAAAAGUUGCUUAUGAGCUUAUUAUGAAUUGGCUUAUUACCUUAAAACAAUGUGCAAUCAGCAGUAAAAAAAAAAAGCAAAGUAAAUAAUACAUCAAUGUAUGUCUAAUAUGAUUUUAAUAUUGUGAAAAUCUGAACAUGUGCUUUAUUUUGUAGAAUGUGGUGCUGAGAUUCAAAAUAUCUUUCAUUUAGGGGUUUAUGUUAUAUAGAGAAGAGGAAUAUUUCUGUAAGUUAAAAAUAUUAUCAUCAAUCAGAGCUUUUAAAGGUUACUCUUAGAUUUAAAUACAUUUUUGAUGACUGACGUUCAUGUAUUAUUUCAUUUAUGUAAGAAGUUUGUUGUAUAUUUUAUAAUGAUGAUUUGAAUUCUGUGUUAUUAAUUACUAGUAGUGUGUAUAAUAGAAAUGACAACCACACUGCUGCUAUUGUCUAUGAAAACUCAAUUCAUUCAUAUCAGUCUAAUAUCUGAUAUCUUUAACUAUUAAAAUGAUAUAGUUACAUAGGUUUUGGUUAAAGAUUAAUUCCUGCUUUGGUUGAGUUAUUUUCAUUAUAUAUCUCAUUUUAAAGUGUAUAUGUAUAUAAGGGUGAAUUAGAUGGGAUGAAAUUUACUUCCCGAAUACAUGAGUACUUGCCUAAAAUUGAAGUUGAUCCAUCAAAAUAAUAUUCAUACCUAUAUUUGAAGUAGCAAACAUGCAUUCUCAAUAUGAUCUGUCUCUGAUUCCACUAUCAAAAUUUUUUCAAAAUGUGAAAAUUUGAACAAGUAAAUUUGAACUUCCUAGGUUCUAAAUACAUGAAGCUGUAUUUUCCAAAUGUAUAAAAUGUAAGAAUUAUAUUUUUUAAAAGCAGGCACUCUAUAUUUUCUUUCGAAGCAAUAUCUGUGUAUUAUUUUUUGCACAAUUCAUGCAAUAGAAUUAUAUUGAUUGCUGUUUUUUUUCUUCAAAUUAUUUCAAAAGAGACAUUAUUAUUAUUCUUCAAACUCCCUUCUUUUGUGCAUUCAUAUUUUGGGGUUAAAUUCCAUUGCAUAUUAUAUCUAUGUCAAGUAGACUCGCCUAAUUUAUUCCAGUUUAGAAUAGAAUUAUUAGAUUUCUUAUUGGAAAAUGCUACUUAUUUUGCGUGGAGAACACAGUGAUUCAGAUAAGAUGAUGGGCUAUUACAACUUUGAUAUGUGUGAUUAUUAAAAUGAAAAUUUGUUCAGAAUGUUUAUAAAUUGUUUGUAUAAAUGAAUGAAUAUCUGAAUGAA